CUUGAAUAUAAACCUUAUUACAUAAAUAAAACCAUUUAAAUACCGACACUUUCACCACUUUUAUCAUCGCUACCUUCACUACUGCCGUCAUUAUCAGUCUACUCAAACUAUCUGCUAUCCCCUUUCCCGUCACUAACACCAACAUGAUUGCCGCCGUGAUAACUACCUUAGGUACGUAUAGCCACACCUACAACCGCUUGAACAAGGCCAUCGAGGACAACUCAUUGAUGAUGAUGGGGCAGCACACUUGGCACUGCGUCAACCACCAAGAAAGAGACGCUGAGUCCAGACGGAAUACCAAACCAGGAGGACGGCCCAUUCGGGCUGAGUCGAUGUCUCGUGGGAGGGGAGGAGAACGACGGGAGUGGCUUCAACCGCAUCCGCUUAUGCCGAGGCGUCCCCGCAGAACGCCGACAGCCUCGAGGGAUGCUUCGGCAUUUAAGGAUAAGGAUGAUACGGCUAGCAAACCUAGAGAGUAGAAGGAUGCUGGUAUUAGGUUGUAGCCGAAGCUGACAAUGUUCAACGUUGACACGGAAAAUG